UUUUUUUUUUUUUGCCUCUUUUCUUCUUUAUUUUGUGGUAGAGUUGAAUUUCAAUUGUGUGUGGGCGUGGCCCAGCAGAAUUUCGCACCCCCCAGGAAUCUAGCCACUGUCACAAAUCACCGCUGGCUCAUUCGAGGAGGCAUAUUGAUUCUCGAAAGUCACUAAGUUUUUAUCCUUCCUGGGCGCCGCGUCCAGUUAUCACACCAUAGCUGUCAAUAGGUUUGGCUUCUGUUUAAGCGUUUUUAUUUUUUGAUUGUGACCCCCAACGCCUUUCCAUUCCCUUGUUAUUGGCAGAAUUUGAUUAAAAUUUUCAAAACCAGACAAGACAGGGUAGUGUAUCACCUGUCCUCAUUUCUCCGUACAUCGCAUCACCAUUACCGUAUUGCUAUUACUUGCUACUAAUAAAAUCCUCAAGGCCAAAGCCCAAACAGAGGACAAAGAACACGACACUGCAGAGUUCAAAACAAAGCUCUCUUUCCUCCUUUCAUUGUCUGUUACUGUGUGUGUUUGAGAACUCUGAUACAAAGUGACAGAGAGAAAAGAGAGUUAUUCUGGCUUCACUUUCCUUGCUAUCUUCCCCUCUUUUGCUUUCUAACUUCUUUUCUUGGGCUACGAAAAGAAAAAGGAAAGGAAAUCAUUCCUGUACCAAGCAAUGUUUAAGUGCUAUCCUCUCAACUUUCUCUUUGUAGAUAUCGCUUUGGCUAGCCUUGAUGCUCUCCUCGCAUUUAUUGCCUUCUUUCAGCUUUCUAGGAUUCACCUGCGGAAUCAACAAGUUGGGUGGACACGGCAAAAAGUUCUUCAUCUCUUGAUAGGUUCUUCUAAUUCUGGUUGUGUCAUUUAUUUUUUGUGCAUGGUUGUUGCCACAUGCCAAAGGUGGCUUUGCUGGUUUCAUGUGUGUGGCUUUGUUCUCAUGGCCUUCCCCAAGAUUCUGUUUUUGGCUGCAUUUCUUUUACUCCUAUCUUUCUGGGUCGACCUUUGCCAUCAGGCAAAUGAUGAAGAGGAAGAUGAAGAAAUCAGUAGUCAGCAGGCAUUGCUGGACAGUUCAAAGAGCAAGGCUGGCUUGUCAAACAAGGAUGCCCGUUGGAAAUGUUGCUCAUUCCAAGGCAUUCAUGUUGGUAGCAGACAAAAAUUUGUUAUUGUGAUCAUUAUGCUCAACCUCAUCUUGAUGAUCUCCUUUGCUGCAAUAAUGUGGAUUGGCACAAGGAAGAAUCCUAGUGAUUCUGUCAUAGUUGCUCGGGUAUAUAUAGAUUUUUUUGCCGCAUCAGUACUUAUACUGGGAGGAGCUUUUGGUUGCUAUGGUUUCCUUCUAUUUUCUAAAUUGAGGAGAGUACGAUCUGAGCAAGCUUCAUCAGAAAUGUGGAAGGUGGUUGGUUUAGCAGUUGUCUCUAUUUCAUGUUUCACAUCCAGUUCUUUAAUAGUUCUUCUUACAGAUAUUCCUCUUUUUCAUCAUUGGGCUCUGAAGAAAAUAAAUGGUGUACAAGCGCUGGUUCUUCUCAUUUUGCAUUAUGUUUUAGGUUCAUCAGUCCCCUUUGCUUUUGUAUUAUGGGUCAUGAGAGAGCUGCCAGCCCCACCCACAAUUAGUAGGCAAGUACAGCCAAGAACAAUAACUUUUAUCAGUUAUGGGGCAGCACGAAUGCAGCAUCAUCAAUACUCGGCUACUGCUACAAGUUCAAAGAAUCAGGUGUCAAGAGCAAGUCCAAUUUAAUGUAUUAUCCAGACAUCUAGAAAUCGGAUCACAUUAUGGUUAUUUCUGGUGGUUCCAAGGGGAAAAAUUGAUGGAAUUUUGCAAUGCAGCACUCGGAACUGGCAGAAUUGAUUGGUGGAUCACAAAUUCAAAUAACCAUGUUUUGACAUCAGAUGCAUGAAUAUAGGUGCUAUAGAACUGGUAUAGGAGUAAAAAAGACCUGCUUGCAGGAUCUCUGAUUCGUAAGCAUUAUUUUGUAAAUACAUUCUGAGGUAUUGGCAGAGGCAGUUAUGUUGAGAGCAAGUUGAACAUAUGCUCCUACAAUUUAUUUGAUCAGAUCUUUAAUAGAUCUUAUAAGAUUCUGUUUAAAAGGAUUAAAACUCCAAUGAAAUAAUUAAGCAAGAAAUGUUAAGAAAGUAGAACAAAGGGGGUCCCCCAUCAUUGUUUUUA